GCCCUGCCAAGUCUCUCAACUGUUCCAAGGGCUCUCUCCAAUGGCCCCAAUCUGCACCACGGCUCAAUCGCGAAGCACAAUGCACCAUGUCCACCUACUACCCACAUUACGCCGAGCAAAGACAUGAGCCUUCCCUAGCAAUAACGCUCGACGUCCCCGUUUCCACUUCGCACUCGCACUCCCAUUCCAAGCCCACCUACAAGCCCGGCGACACAAUCAGCGGCCAUGUCCACCGCGUCGAUCCCAGCUUCAUCCCCGAGGCAACCGUCAUGGUCACGCUGCUUGGACACAGCAAGACGACGAUCCGAGCGCGCGGACCGGGGUCCUCGGAGCUGCGGUACGAGAGCUCGUUCAAUAUCUUUGCGGGCUGCUUCGAUACGCUUGUGCUGCAUUCGCGGGCACCGCUAUCUGGGCCCGAGAUGUCCUGGCCGUUUGCGCUGACGAUUCCGUUUUCUGUCCUUGACGUGCGUGAUUCCCAGCAUUGCGAGGGUGAACGCGCCAGCUUUUACGCGUCCCCUGAUGGCUCCUCCGGACCAUCGUUCAUCCCACCUGCGACAUUCGCGGUAGCCGAGGAGUUCAGCUACGAGGACGGCAGCCGCGCUAGCGCAUCGAUCGAGUACAUGGUCCAAGCAAAGAUCGAGAUUGCCCAGGGCUACUACGACGAGACCGGAAAACCGUUUGUGCAAAAGGUCGACCCAGUCACCAGUCCAUUUACACUCACAAGCGUAUCAUAUAGCCCCCCGAUGACGGACUUUGGCAACAAAGUCGAGACCUUCCAGCGCGGUGUCUCGACCUUCCGGCUGAUCCCCGGUGUAGAGGGGAAACUGAGUCUGGCGCAGAAGACGCGCCAGGCACUCUUGUCCUCGAGGGUCCCCUCAUUCGUGAUGCGCGCGUCCGUCUCGCUGCCGCGCUUCCUACAGGUGGGGAAUCCAGAAGCCAUUCCCGUGAUUGUAUACUUCGAAGGCGUGUCUGCCUCCUGCGAGGUAAUCGAGGAUGCACCACAGGUGAUAACAGUCAAAUCCCUGACAUUGAACCUGCGACCAAGGACAGUCUUCCUGGCGGAGUUCAAGCCUAGUUACGGCGGUCCUCCACGGCAAAAGACAAGCAAGAAGAUUGGAACCGCAAUUCCCAUGCUCCCACCCACAGCAAUAUCCGAUCUGAAACGCGCAUACGACCAGGAAAUCUCCUUUACCGUCACAUCCGGCUCUACUGGUUCUGGAGCAGGCUCUGAGAUACAGGAAUGCGAGCCGCUGGAUCUCGGCGCGAUUCUGGAUCUGCGGAUGGUCAACCACGUGCAUCCGACGUUUCGUACGUAUAAUGUUGCACGGACGUGGGAGCUCGCUUGGGAGAUGGAUCUUGAGGUUGCGGGGGAGAAGGUCCGGGUGGGAUCGGCGCAUGAGGUUGUUAUUCUACCGAGGGCUUGGGAGGGGCCUCCGCCAGAUGUAACAGGAGAGAGUCUUCAUCUUCAUGAGCAGGUUCGAGGAGGCGAUUUACUUCCGGGGUAUGCGAGGCGGGAUGAGGAGUUACCAGCUUAUAGUGCAUGAUUGUCAAGGGUCGCUGGAUGGUUUUUUUCCCUCUCCUUUCACAAUAGCAUAUAGUAUCUAAUGGGACUCUCGUGG